CGCGGCUUUCCAAAAACCCCGACGGCUGCGCAGGAGGAGAAGGCACGCGACCGGAGGCUCUGGGGGCGGGGCCACAUCGGGAGGAAAAGGAGGGGCCUGCUCCGCAGAAAAGGAGAGUGGGCAGGGUAGGACUUUGACUCCCUGCAGGAGGCUGGUCUACCAGGGGAGGGAGACUCAAACGGGGACCGGCCUUACACCAGACCCAGAGCCUAGGACGCGAGGUGCUACACCCUGAGGGCGCGUGGUCACCUGCGAGGUAGGCCUUGGGGCUCCGGAAGGUCGCGUUCUGAGUGGACGGGGCCGUGAUGUGCCGGAGACUGCUAUCCGAAUGUUACUCGGCUCUCGUCUGCUUAGCAGCAUGAAGCAUCGCACCCUAACCUCCAGCCCGGCCCUCUGGGCUUCUAUCCCGUGUCCACGCUCUGAGCUGCGUCUGGACCUGGUUUUAGCUUCUGGGCAGUCUUUCCGGUGGAGGGAGCAAAGCCCUGCACACUGGAGUGGCGUGCUGGCAGAUCAAGUGUGGACACUGACACAGACGGAGGAGCAGCUCUAUUGCACCGUGUACCGAAGAGACAAGAGCCAGGUCGGCAGGCCCACCCUAGAGGAGCUGGAAGCCUUACACAAGUACUUUCAGCUGGAUGUCAGCCUGGCUCAGCUGUAUAGCCACUGGGCUUCUGUGGAUUCCCACUUCCAAAGAGUGGCUCAGAAAUUCCAAGGUGUGAGACUGCUAAGACAAGACCCCACAGAAUGCCUUUUCUCCUUCAUCUGUUCCUCCAACAACAACAUUGCUCGAAUCACUGGCAUGGUAGAACGGCUAUGCCAGGCCUUUGGGCCUCGACUCAUUCAGCUGGAUGAUGUCAUUUACCAUGGCUUCCCCAGCCUCCAGGCCCUGGCUGGUCCAGAGGUAGAGGCUCACCUCAGAAAGUUGGGUCUGGGGUACCGGGCCCGUUAUGUGAAUGCCAGCGCCAAAGCCAUCCUGGAAGAGCAAGGCGGGCUGGCUUGGCUGCAGCAACUCCGAGAAUCCCCAUAUGAAGAGGCCCACAAGGCCCUCUGCACCCUGCCAGGGGUGGGCACCAAGGUGGCUGACUGCAUCUGCUUAAUGGCCCUUGACAAACCCCAGGCUGUGCCUGUGGACGUCCAUGUAUGGCAGAUCGCCCAGCGUGACUAUGGCUGGCACCCUAAUACAUCCCAGGCUAAGGGACCGAGCCCCCUGGCUAACAAAGAACUGGGAAACUUUUUCCGGACUCUGUGGGGACCUUAUGCUGGCUGGGCCCAAGCAGUGCUGUUCAGUGCUGAUCUGCGCCAACCAAACCAGGCUCGGGAGCCGCCAGCAAAGCGCAGGAAGGUCUCUAAGAGUCCAGAAGGCUAGACCCUGGUUCUCACCCCCCGCUGUUGGCGUCAGCUGCUCCCCAUGGCUGGCUGGCUGUCCUUGACCCUCCUGACUGGUGCCCAGCUGAAGCUUCCUCAUGUGCCGAACCACGGCUGUGGCGUUGAAAGCUUGCUGUGGGAAGAGAGGAAGGGGACUGCUGAAAAGAUCCUCAAGGGCUAGGGGUUGGCAGUAGGAGUCUUGAAGUGAUUCUGCAACUGCUGUUCCCACGUUCCUUAGUGACUCCCAAGUCCUCCCAAGAAACCUGUAAGGCCUUACUAAGUUAUAUUCAGUCUUACACACAAGCACAUGUGUAAAAUGUGUACAAGGGAAUUCAUAUUCAUGUAACAAACACUUGGGUGUUAAGCACAGCUCUGAGCAUGUUUCAUGGUUAUUCAUUUAUCCUCACAAAAUUCUGUGAGGCAGCACUUUUGUGUUUCUCUUUUUAAAAAGACAGUGUUGCUAUGAAUCCUUGCCUCAGUCUUCAAAGUGCUGGGAUUACAAGCAUAUGUAUGCUACACACCAGGCCGACGAGCACUGUUUGUUUGUUUGAGACAGAAUCACUGUUUGUUUGUUUGUCUGUCUGUUUGUUUGAGACAGGGUCUCACUAUGUAGCAUUAGCUGUCCUGGACCUCACAGAGAUUGGCCUGCUUCUGACUUACAAGUGCUGAUAUUAAAGGUGUAUACCACUGCACCUGGCUCUGGCAAGCACUAUUAAUAGCA